AUGUCUCGGGCGGAAGAGCGCGAGGAGGCGGACUGCGUGUGCUCCGUCGGGAUGAAGGUCACGUGGGACAUCAACGACCCCAAACUGCCGCAGGACACAAAGCAGUUUGACUCGUUCCAGGAGUGGACAGACGGUUACGUCCGAUACAUCUACAGCGCUGAGGACAAGCCGGGCCAGCGCCACCUGUCGGGCUGGGCCAUGAGGAACACCAACAACCACAACUGUCAGAUCCUGAAGAAGUCGUGUCUGGGCGUGGUGCUGUGCUCACGGGGCUGCAGCCCGGCGGGCCUGAGGCCGGCCAUCUGCGACAAGGCCCGGGGCAAGCAGCAGAAGAAGCUGUGUCCGAGCUGCGGCGCCGGCCUGGAGCUGCUGCCGUGUCGCGGUCACAGCGGUUACCCCGUCACCAACUUCUGGAGGGUGGAUGGAAAGGCCAUCUUCUUCCAGGCUAAAGGGGUCCACGAUCAUCCCAGACCAGAGUCCAAGUCGGAGACCGAAGCCAGAAGGAGCUCGGUGAAGAGACGAGUCAACUCGCCGCCGUUCACGCCCAAGAGACGCCUCGUGGACACGCAGGCUCUGGGCCCGGCCCUCGUCUCCUGUGUCGAUCCAUCAGACAGAAUCUCCUUCAUUGAGCCCAACUUCCCGCCGCAUUACCCAGCAUUCCAGAGCCCAGAGCCCUACUACAACCCCCACAAUGCACUAGGAGAGGCCCCACCCACACUGCAGAAACCAGCCAAUCCCAGGCUCUACAUGGGCCGGCCCGGCUACGAGUUCCAGGGAUACUUGACCUCGCCUUCAUAUCCCAUGACGGCUGACCUCUGUGACCCAAGGGUGGCUCCGGUCCUGGGCUCCUCCUCAUCCUCCACCUCCUCGUCGGCUCCUUUCUCCUCCCCCUGCGCCUCCUUCGAUUCCCAGACCAAGGCUCCUGCAGGCUGGAAGGAGCUUCUGAAGAGCUCCGCCCCCUACAGCGACAACCACCACUACUACAGCGCAGAGUACCCGUGCCGCUACCCCAGCAACGCUCCUGGGUCCCCUGCCGCAUUGCAGACCAUCAUCACCACGACAACCAAGGUGUCCUACCAGCCGUGUAACACCUGUUCUGGUCCUCCUCAGGUGUCCUACCAGCCGUGUCCGAAGCCUCCUGCGGCGCUCCCUUCCUACCAGUCCUGUGCUCCUCCUAAAGCUCCAGGCCUCCCCGGUUGCUCCGCCCUGCUGGAGGAUCCCUCCUCUUCCUCAUACUCCACCGAGGUGAAGGUGACGGAGGAGUCGGGUGGAGUCAUCAAGUCUCUGUCGUUCCAGCCCGAACCUCUGCAGACCAAAACAGAGCGGUGCGAUGGCUACGACUACCGCUACCCCACCUACCCCACCUCGUACCGCUACGACGAGUACUGA